CUCGUAUUCUAUAAGCACCUUCAAAGGAAGUUCGCCUGUUGGCCUGUUCCCCAUUUUUAGUCAUUUUAUUAUAACAGUUUGAUGGGCAGCCCUUUGUUGGUUGGGAAAAUUGAAAUUUUGUAGUUGAAGCAGGAGGUGAUGAUUUAGAAAAUACGAAUCUUGAAAUAAAAUGAUUCUGUGGUCUGUAGAUGACAUCGGUGACAUUUUGCAUUUGACCGUGUGUGUUUUGAGGUUUUGUGCUUUUGACAACGUCAAGCUGACGAGUGGAUUUCGUCAAUUUUUAUAAACAAAAAGACAAACAUUCUAAUAAUGUUUUAAUUUUUCGGAUAGUAAAUUUCUGAAUAUGGAAUCACAAAAUAUAUGUAGGUCAUGUUUAAAAAGCACUCCAAAUUUUAGGAAUAUUUUCACCUCGGAAGAAAUUCUGGGUCAACCAGUACAGUUAAGUGAUAUAUUGGGAAGCUGCUUUGCAAUAUCGAUUACAAAGGAUGAUGGAUAUCCGGAAAAUAUCUGCCUCAAAUGUUUUCAGUUGGCAAAGCUAUCUUACUUGUUUAGGAAGCUUUGUGAAAAGUCUGAUGCGACAUUGAGGGAAUACUUGCAUGCAAAUUUUUUUAGUGCUGACAGUAGGCAUUACUAUGUCCAGAGUACAAGCAGUGAAAGAUGCAGAAUAAAUGCUGGAGGUAACUCGAGGAAUGGUCCAUCUGAUCCACAUUGUUCAGGGUUAUGUACAAGAAGAAAUUAAAGGUCAAAUAAAUAUCUACUAGCUGUAGAAGAUAAAAGAGUAUUAUUUAUAUGAUAACUACAACUUCACAAAAUACAGAUUUGAGAACAGUUAGGUCCUCAAGCCAAAAAUUUCAACAAGCACAUGGAAUACAAUAGAUGACAGUUUAUGUUAAAAAAAUUAGGGAUACGUUGAAGAAUAAUUAGUGUAAGAUAUUAUGUUGAGCAAGUAGAAUUACAUUAAAUUAGUUAUUCUUUAACAGGAAGUUCUUGAUCUCUAAAAAUAGUUUGACCAUAUACUCAUCACUUUCAUGUAAAUAAAAAUACAUGUAUGUCAAUGUUGUUUUGUUAUGGUUGUAAAUAUAUGUUUUUCUAGUGACACAUCAAUGUAUUAGUUUUGUAAGAGAAAUAAAAAACCAUGAUUAUAAAAAAA